GAGUGCGAGGUCGAUUUAUUAGAUGCGCUACGUAUGCCAUGCCUGAAUUACCUACCGGUGAUGUGAAUAUCCUAAAGGAGAAAAAAGUUCUCGUACCUAAAAUCGAAGUUAUAUUUUAAUGCUAGGUGCAAAAAAUCACAGAGCAAAUGGCCAAGUCAUCCAUCAAACAGUGCGAAGUGAAGUACAAUUUAAAAGUUCCAAAGGGAACAAAAGAUCGGGAUCCCCUCCAAAUGACAAUUCUUGAAGGUGUUUUUAGUACAAUAAUACGGUGUUUCAAGCGUCAUGAUGCAGUCACUAUAGACACCCCCGUUUUUGAGCUCAAGGAAGUGCUAGCUGGAAAGUAUGGCGAAGAAUCUAAACUCAUAUACGAUCUUCAGGAUCAAGGCGGCGAGGCGCUUUCUCUUAGAUAUGAUUUAACCGUCCCAUUCGCCCGUUAUGUUGCCAUGCAUAAGAUUAAAUCUAUCAAGCGAUACCAAAUUGGAAAGGUUUAUCGGCGUGAUCAACCGGCUAUGUCGCGUGGUCGUUACCGGGAGUUUUACCAGUGUGAUUUCGAUAUUGCUGGAGAUCAUGGGCUAAUGUUGGCGGAUGCAGAAUGCCUUCGAAUAAUAUACGAAGUGCUUUCAGAAUUGGAUUUAGGCGAUUUUGUCAUAAAGAUCAACCACAGACGUUUGCUUGAUGGAUUGUUUUCGGCUUGUAAUGUGCCAUCAGAUAAGUUUGUUUCAGCUUGUUCCUCAGUUGACAAACUAGACAAGAUUCCUUGGGAAGAUGUCAGACGGGAAUUAUGUGAAGACAGAGGGUUGUCACCUGAAGCUGCAGAUAAAAUUGGUUCGUAUGUUCAGCUAACUGGAGGUUUGGAUCUAGUUGAACGUCUCGAAUCAGAUGAGCAUCUUAAUAAUCAACCAUCAGCUAAAGCUGCUCUUCAGGAAAUGAGAUUAUUAUUAGACUAUUGUAAAGCACUUGGGAUAGAAGAGCGAAUUAGCUUCGAUUUAAGUCUAGCGCGCGGGUUGGAUUACUAUACCGGUGUUAUUUACGAAGCUGUUCUGAAAGGUUUCACUUACAAUCCAAGUAAUUCAGGUGCAGAAUUGACUGGUUCUAAUGAAACUAACUUAAACUCCUCUGUAAAAAAUAAAAAAUCAAGUAGAAAGGAUAAGAAAGCCAAAGAACAAUUAGAGGAGGAUUCUGUUACACCUGGCGAAUCCAUGACUGUUGGUAGUGUAGCUGGUGGUGGCCGUUACGAUGGAUUAGUUGGAAUGUUCGAUUCUUCUGGAACACGAGUUCCGUGUGUUGGUUUUAGUUUUGGUGUUGAACGACUAUUAGCAAUUAAAGAAGCUUUGAGUAAUUCUUCAGAUAAGAAUAAGUGUAACGUGCGACCAACUGAAACUGAAGUCAUGGUUGCUGGAGCUCAUAAGGGUCUUAUUAUGCAACGUUUACAAUGCUGUCAACUCUUAUGGAAUGCAAAGAUUAAGGCUACGAUGUCGCAUAAAAAUCACCCCAAACUUUUGGAUCAACUACAGUAUUGUGAAUCAACUGGUAUUCCUUUGGCCGUUGUUCUAGGAGAAAGUGAACUAGCUCGUAACACUGUCAAGUUGAGAGAUAUUGAAACCCGAGAAGAAUAUGAAGUUUUGUACACAGAUCUUGUGAAUAAGAUCAAAGAAGUACUAUCUACCAAAUACCAUAAAUAAAACUUUGCUACAUAUUGUAUUUGUCUAGAAGACAUCUGUCGAAGAAUCAAUUAUGAAUAACUAUUGAUAAUUAAUACAAUAUUCUGCCAAAAUAACAAAUAUUAUGAGUACUCCAUAUUGUUAAUUUAAUUCAAGUGUCUAAGUAUUACAGCCUGAUGUAUACAAAAAUAAAAUAUUCAGUGGAAAGGUUGAAUUAAGUAUUCGAUAGUAGAUUGCUUAAGAAAAGUAUGGAUUUCAUGUUGAAAUGUAUCAUAAUAGAUCGGGUUUCUUUGAAGGGAACAGUAGGUGAAUAUACAUCAAUUAACUGAUAAACUGAAAAGUGGUAGAGAGAUAGAAAAUGGAGACGUUUUGUUGUAUGUGGAAAGACUUGUAUUAAUGAUAUAUAAAUAUGUUGGUUAGCAUUGACAGUUAUCUCUGUUUUCCUUUUCGUUCCGAACAUCACGAUUAAAGGUUUGAUCACUUUGAAAUCUCGUUGGUGACGGAGGCGACGAUGAAGUUGUUUUUUGACAAAAACAUGAAAGACAUGGUGCAUCUGUACUUUCUAAAGUCUCUGAAUAAAUGAAAUUACCAAUUGUCGCUAGAAUACCACCGAAUAUUGCCAAACUACCUACAAUAUACACCUGUAUAUGUCUAUAAGUUAACUGUGGUACACAGAGUUGUAUGCAUUGAAUGAAGACACCAGUCAAGAUUUUAUCAAAAAAUGAUGCGAUCCCAUGAACAAAUGCUGCUGUGUGUACUUGCUUUACACCGAUCAAUGUUGCGAUCACAACCAAUGCUCGAACAUUAUUGAUUGUGUUUCCAAUACCUAGAAUGGCUGCAGCAAAAUAUAUUGCUACGAGGUUUUCAUCGGCUGAUUUUAAAAAGUAAGCGAUUGUACAAAAUCCAAGGAUAAAUACAACACCGAUGACUGAGCCAAUCUAAAAUUAAAAAGGCAUGUACGAUUUUUAGUGGAACAUUUACACACUCAAGGAGAUAUAAGUUAUAUAUAUCUAUCAUGUGAUCAUGUUAUAAGAUAGACAAACGUGCUGAGUUCUUCAAAAUGCUCAUCGAAAUUCACGUAUGAAUAGUAAAGCCAUCGCAAGAAUAUAUUGCAUCAAGUCAAGCCAAUCAUUGGCAAGAUGAGUAAUUGAUCAUUUAGAGAAAUAUCAACUAGCAAUAAACAUUUAAAAUUCUACUCUGAAUACUAUAAUACCAUAAUGAGUUAUGUAUGAGUGGUCAAUCUGAAUACUAUUAUCGCAGUGGUAUUAUUUGUAGCUUUGAUUAUGUUUGUCACAAAUUCGAAUCCUACAGAAUGUAUCGAUUCCUUGAAGACAUCACACACACUCUGUUCACAAGUCCUAGUCAGAAUGAUAUCUAUUACUACUGCUUUCUGUCAACUGUCUCCGAAAUUUUAAAAUGUCAAAGAAUACAAGAUGAGCACCAAUGUGUUUGUGAGCUACCUCUUGCCUAGUUGUGAGUUAGAACUCGUUAUCUGCAUAGUAAAUACUCUCUGACUUUGCAUGAUUCUAUCGAUAAUAUCAGUCAGUAACGAAAUCCACCUUCACAGUGUCUACUUCGUUUUGUUAUUCAUUAGUGAGUUUUCGUCUCUGUGUAUUCACUUGUCAUGACUAAUUGUCCAACAUGCGUGAAAAACUGCAGCUCUUUAGAACUAAUAAGAUACAAUCCAUUGAAUGUGGACAAAUUAUUUCAAGUG